AUGGUUGUUGUAGAGUUCACAUUUUGCAAUUUGACCGUCUCGCAUGAUGUUUCUGAAUCAACUACGGCCAGUGACAUGAUAAGUAUUGUGAAGCAAUACUGGACUUAUGUCCCUGAAGACAUUCUACUGUUUGUUUACACUGUAUAUGGAAGAUCACAUGUUAUUAGUCAUGAUUUGGAGUUGAGGUUUUUCAUUCAAUACCGCAUUUCGAAAUGCAUUGAUGUUGUGAAGUUUAACAUCCAGCUGAAAAUUUGUGUUGAUUAUGUUCAUUCUUCUUCUUCUUCUUCUGUUGGUCCUUCUUCGUCAACAUCAAGUUGUGUUUCAAAUAAUGAAUUGGUUGUUGUAGAAGACUUGACGGAUGAUUCAUCUUUGACCAAAAGGGUCCCCAAGAAGUCAGAUGCUUGGGCCAACAUCUUAACUGGAGUAGGUCAGGUUUUUGAGAGUAAAAUUGUUUGUCGUGAUAGUGUUAAGAAGUACGAAUAUCAUAGUGGUUACAAACUUGAUGUACGUAAGAGUGGCAAGAAACGUUACAUUGUACAGUGUAAGAACAAGGAAAGUCAAAGUUGUGGAUGGAGGUUUCACGCAUCUCUCAUUGCCAAUACUAAAGGUGUAUUUCAGUGCAAGAAGUUUCACGGAGAGCAUUCAUGUGAUUUAGCUUCUUCUGAUCCCGCAAAAGUCAGGAUGACGAAUCAAGCAUACCAUGGUUUAAAGUUCACUAAAGAUUUUCUUUGGGGUAAUGACAUCAAGUCUUAUUCAGACCUUGUUUGGCAUAAAGAUUCAAUUGAACGUUAUAAUCCUGGUAGCGUCGUCAAGUCUGAGUAUGAUGGUGAAACGAAGCAGUUCCAGAGGUUUUUUGGUGCUUUCGAAGCUUCUAUUACUGGUUUCAAUAAAGAUCUACCAGUUGCAUUUGGAAUUGUUCCUUGUGAAAAUUGUGACAGUUGGGAAUGGUUCUUAACCAAAUUGAAGGGUAUUAUCAGUGAAGACCAUCCACUGACCAUCAUAUCAGACCGUGGAGCUGGGAUUUUGAAGCAUGUCCCUCUUGUCUUUCCAAAAGCUUACCAUUCUUUCUGUUUGUACCACAUGGAAGGUAAUAUUCCGGUUCCAAAGGGAAAGAGUAGGCAAACUGCUGCGAAGAUGUUUGAAGAGUGCUACACUACGUUAACAAAGGAGAAGUUUUAUGCUGCUCCCAAGAGUAUGAGCAAUCUGAAGAUGGAUUCAGUUAUUGAUUUGAUGGUAAAGAUUCCGUUCAAGAACUGGGCUGCUCAUGCAUUUCUAGGAGAAAGGUUUGGUGAGAACACAUCAAACAUUGCUGAGAGUUUUAACAGUGUGAUUAAGCAUGAUAAGCGGCUUCCAUCACUUGAGCUUCUAGAUUCUAUUCAUGCUUAUGUAAUGGAGCAGAACUACAAGAGGAAGGUGGAGUCUGGUAAGUGGACUGGAAAGCUUACUUCCCGGAUGCAGGCUAGGAUCAACAAGAUGGUUACUGAUUGUCAUUUUUACAAGUUCCGUAGAUCAAGUGAUAAAGUUUUUGAGAUUAUUUCUCCUACUAGAAAGCACCUAAGACUUGCACUUGCAAUUGGUGGCAUAAGCAUAGGAAGUGGAAGUCAUCUUAAUCCAAGGUUUCUUCUCAAUCAUCUCGAAGAGAAUGGAAAUACGGAACCAAAGGCGAAAGAUCAAGGUCAAUCUGAUGCUCCGCUGGAGACGUUCAUGGAGGUGAUUUUGAUGAGGAAUUUGGAUGGAAGAUACGGAGCUGAAUUAGCAACAGAAAAAAAUAUAUGGGUUCUUGAGCUCAUUGUUGCAGUCGAUGGUGAAGAAUAA